GGCGGGAGAGAAGCAAACUGCGGGAUCUGCGGCGGCGGAAACACGGCCAUGGCCGCACUGUACGGGGGUGUGGAGGGGGGAGGCUCACGAUCCAAGGUUCUUUUACUCUCAGAGGAUGGGCAGAUCCUGGCAGAAGCAGAUGGACUCAGCACAAACCACUGGCUAAUCGGGACAGACAAGUGUGUGGAGAGGAUCAACGAGAUGGUGAACAGGGCCAAACUGGAAGCAGGGGUGGAUCCUCUGGUCCCUCUACGAAGCUUGGGCCUGUCCCUGAGCGGUGGGGUGCAGGAGGAAGCACUGAGGAUCCUGACGGAGUUGCUGAGGGACCGAUUUCCCCACCUGAGUGAAAGCUACUUAAUCACCACCGACGCCGCGGGCUCCAUCGCCACAGCAACACAGGAUGGUGGGAUCGUGCUCAUCUCUGGGACAGGUUCCAACUGCAGGCUCAUCAACCCCGACGGCUCUGAGAGCGGCUGUGGCGGCUGGGGCCACAUGAUGGGGGACGAGGGCUCAGCCUACUGGAUCGCACACCGAGCAGUGAAAAUAGUGUUCGACUCUAUUGACAACCUAGAGGCGGCUCCUCAUGACAUUGGCUACAUCAAACAGGCGAUGUUCAACUACUUCCAGGUGCCAGAUCGGCUAGGAAUCCUCACCCACCUGUAUAGGGACUUUGAUAAAUGCCGGUUUGCUGGGUUUUGCCAGAAAAUUGCAGAAGGUGCCCAGCAGGGAGAUGCCCUCUCCCGGUUUAUCUUCAGGAAGGCUGGGGAGAUGCUGGGCAGACACGUGGUGGCAGUGUUGCCUGAGAUUGACCCGGUCUUGUUCCAGGGGGAGAUGGGCCUCCCCAUCCUGUGUGUGGGCUCUGUGUGGAAGAGCUGGGAGCUGCUGAGGGAAGGUUUCCUUCUGGCGCUGACCCAGGGCCGAGAGAUCCAGGCCCAGAACUCCUUCUCCAGCUUCACCCUGAUGAAGCUGCAACACUCCUCUGCCCUAGGUGGGGCCAGCCUCGGGGCCAGGCACAUCGGGCACCUCCUCCCCAUGGACUACUCUGCCAAUGCCGUUGCCUUCUACUCCUACACCUUCUCCUAGAGGGCUGGCCCUGGCUCCGCCCCUCCAAGCCCAGUGGACAUUGGGUGCUGGAAAGGAGGCUUUUUUCCUUUUUUUUUUUUUU